CGUACCACUUGGAUGUUUUCUGUCGACCCGGACACUGUAGCAGUAGCAUGGGUGGCGGGCUGAGCUGCUGCGAAGAGGAUGGAGCCCCCCAAGUAGUUGAAGUGGCCCAAGUUGGCUAUUCAACGGCUUCGCCGCAAUUGACGAGUCAAGAGGGUGCCAACAUGGACGAGCCUUCAAACCUACAUUCGGACGUCAAGCAGGGCCAGCAAAAACUGAUGCAGAUGCGUCAGUUCCAAGUGGAUGCAGAAGUGGUACGAGGACUACCCCUGCAGCGCAGCCUUCGAGGUUUCGGGCAAUUGUGGCGCCGUUCGCCACUUGAUUUGGACGUGGACAAGCGUGCACGCCUUUGGGAUUGGUCUCAGCAGGUCACUCAUUUCGAUGUGUUUCUGUCGCACACGUGGCAGACACCUGGCCAUUGGAAAGUUCUCUCGUUGCUGCUUCAAGCCGGCUGGAAAUACAUGUUGCUGAUGUGGGCAGCCAGUGCCUUUCUCAUUCGCAUUUUGGACCUAGUUUCCGUGUUACCCAUGCCAAGUGAUUGCCGAUUCCGAGCGGCAAAGUUUGAACAUGUUUGCUCGUAUUUUCCGUGGUGUUUGGCCGCCAGCUUGCCAGUGCAGCUAUUGGCCCUUCUGAUGACCCCUUACCUGCCUUACCUGCCCAAUAUCACCUACUCAAGCUGUUUCAAGCGAUGGACGUUGCAGAAGGAGGAAGAUAAGGGAGCGCACAAGAAUGGCACCGGUGAUGUUCAUGAAGGAGACGGGCAAAACGAUUCACGUCGCGCAGAGAAACAAAGCGAAGAGAUUGAGAUGUCUCUCGAUCGAAAGCCUUUUGCAAGCGAUGCGCAUGACAUCGUGAACGGGAGCUCGAAGAAGGAGAAACAGAUGCAGCAGAUUUGCUUUUUGGACGUGGCUUGCAUCCACCAGACAGACCAUGAGCUCAUGGAGCGCGGUGUCUAUGGCCUCGGCGCCUUUCUGAAGCGCUCCAAAGAGCUCCGCAUUCUGUGGAGCCCGCCUUAUCUCACCCGACUUUGGUGCAUUUUUGAACUGGCAGCCUUCCGCACUGCAAAUCCCAAUGGUACAAUCACGUUGGCGCCUUUGUUCAUGGAAUCAGCUGUCAUGGUUCUACUCCUCGGUUCUCAUGUUGCCGGGGCCGUUUUUGAGAUCAUUGGCACUCUGGGCGAAUGUACAAUCGCUAAUGGCCCAGUGGCACUGGAAUAUUUCGUCGGUUUGUUGCCGGCUGUGGUCAUGAUUCACAUGUUUCGCAGAAAAAUCAUGGAUAAACACCUGCUGCUCUCAGAUUUGGAACAUUUCGAUUUGAGCAACGCUCAUUGCCGAGACCCCCUUGAUCGAGAGUUCAUUUGCACGGCCAUUCGCGAGUGGUAUGGUAGCGAAGAUGCCUUCGUGCGCUACGUGCGCGGCCCGAUCAGGAAUGAAGUGUUGAAGGCUUCAGUCGCUGCGACACUGCCAUGGAAGUAUUUCUUACUGAUUAACACGGCCACGAUCUCGGCCUCGUUGGACAUGACUUGGUCUCUCUGGAGAUGUGGGGCUCCAGUGGAAGGCAUGUUAUCCUUCUUCCUGGGAAAGGUUUGUGGAACUCAAUGCUUCUGGUUUCUUACAUCUUUGAAAUCGGUUCUUUACCUUUGCGACGGCUUCGCAGUACCGCUUUGGCUCACAAAACGUGCAGGAUGUUGGGCUGAUUGGUUUCAAAGCCUUUGGAUAUUUGCGAUUUUCUAUGGGAUGUUUUUUGGAGGAACCUGGCUUGGGAGCGCCGCUUACCAAGACAGUCUGGGAUUGUCGUUGGCCUGGAUGACUUUCAGUUUGCUGGCGUUGCUCACAGUUUCCAACACGUGCCACGGCGCAACACGGGCACGCUGAGGCCAUUUCAGCACAGUGCAACAUGCGCAAUGGCCCCCAACCUGCUAGCGAUGGCCUCCAAUCUAAUAGCUUUUUGUUACAAAUAGCAAGAAUGCCCC